UUGACGCUGCUGUCUGGCGACACGCUGGUGUUAAACUCUAAAAGUUACUCUCCACCUGAACUGAAGAUGCCACACACUGCAGAGGCUGUGUCAGCCACUCUCACCACCAACAGAAACUGCACCCUAGAAAUAACUAAUGUCAGCAGGAGCUACUGCCUCAUCAACCCCAAGGUGUACAUGACAAGUGGCUUCUCGCACCAUCCCCCGCAGCCCACAGUUCGGCCCACCAUGACAGAAGUGUGCUCCUUCACCAAGGAUGACAACACUGCCACGGGCGCCGUGGGCCUGCUGACCUACGACCUGUUCCACUUGCAGAGCCGGGUUUGCUCUGAGCGCGUGGCUAUCAUGUUCUCCGUGCCCUUUGACCGAAACCUGUACAAAAACCGGCUGGCCGUGGGUGUGGUUGAGCAUUCCCACGCAUGCGAUGAAAAGCUGUACGACAAGAUGUAUGAUGGGAAAGAUCUCAGCAGCCUCGCCCGCUCCGAGGGCGCGGGCGGGCUGGAAUAUGGAGCAACAUAUGUUGACUUGAGAGCUACAAUGUCCACGGUUGGGAAAGCUAUCGUUAAAAUCGAGCUUUACGAUAAAAUGGGCCGUUAG